CAGCGGCCUCCUCGAAUGGACAUGUGAAAGAGAAAGAGGAACUUGAAAACAGUGAUUUUCGUCUAUAUUUUGAGCUGAGUCGACUUACUAAUGGCUAUCUUAAUAAGACAACAGGACAGGGAUCAAGAUACAUGUAAAACAAUGAGUAUGAUGUCUAUGUUUGGACCAUUUUGAAUUAUUAUCUUCUACCUGAAAGACUACUCUCUCACUAUGGCAUCUCUUUCUGUAGAGGAAGAAAACUAUGUUCGAAUGAGUUUGUUACUGACAGGAAUUUCUCCACGUGCUGUAAGAAUCUGUUUUGACCAUGACUUAGCUCCAGAUCAUUUAGAGGACUUGCUGAAGAAGGAGUAUAACAAACUAUUGGAAUUGAGCAAAGAAUAUCUAAUCAAUCAAUCACAGUGGAACCUCCUGUUUCCAAGAUUUCCAGAUGUUCCAGAUUCUAAAACUUUUGAUGUGACCCUGAUGACAACAUUACUUAGGAACUUGACUCCAAUGACUUGUGGAUUUGACUGUUUACCUACUACCAUGGAAACCACCAAAGCUGCAGAUUUAGCAAGAAUCAAUCACUACAGGAGUUAUCUGGCUCAUUUGGAUGAUGGCAAAGUAGACAAUACUUUCUUUAACAUGGCAUGGAAUGAUGUAACUAGUGCCAUUGAAAGAUUUGGUGGUGAACAAAUGAAGCAGGAGUGUGAUGAUAUGAAAACCAAACCUUUAGAUUCAACCAAACAAGAAAUAAUGAUGGACAUCAAACAUUCAAAUAAUGAAAUCCGUGAGCUAAAAGAAUCAUUUGAAAGUCUGAAGCUGUCUCAUACUGAAAUCAUAAAAUCCCGUGAAUUACUUCAAGAAAAUCAUGCAGUUGUGACAAAAGAAAUAGAAAAGAUAAAGACUUCCCAGAAUGAUCCUAUUCCUAAGAAUAUUAGAGAUCAGAUGAAAAAUAAAAUCGAAGACUGGGAAGAGAAAGAUAAGAUGUUUGUGUCUACAAGAGCCAGCGAUUAUGUCAUACAAUGUUUACAGAACAACAGUUGUUUGACUUUAACUGGUCCAUCAGGAGUUGGAAAAUCAUUUAUUGCAAGACACACAGCACUAGUUUUACAGAAGGAAGGAUACGAAAUAAUACCUGUAAGAAAACCAUAUGACAUAAGAGAUUAUUAUCAACGAAAGAAAAGGACAGUCUUCAUUGUAGAUGAUAUAUGUGGAAAUUUCACUGCCAACCAACUACAAAUUGAUACCUGGGAAAAACUUUUACCUUGGAUUUAUACAAUUAUGACAGACAAAUAUUGUAAGAUUAUUGUAUCUUGUAGGUUACAAGUUUAUAGAGAUAAGAAGUUUAAUGUAUUAGCACCUUUUAAAUCCUGUGAAUGUAACUUAAUAUCAGAUAAGUUAUGUCUUACAUCUGUCGAAAAAAAUAGCAUAGCAAAAGCUUUUAUAGGUACCGGAGCAGAUGAUAUUGAUGAAUUAUCACACAAAAGUGAGUUCUUUCCACUUUUAUGCUCUUUAUAUGAUAAGGGGGAAAAUGGAGAUAUCAAUGAAUUUUUCAAAAAUCCGUUUGAAGUCUAUAAAAAGGAAUUAGACAAUUUAAGUAGGCAUGGGGAUGAAGGGAACUAUAAAAUAUGUGGUUUGGCCUUAUGUGUUCUCUUUAAUAAUCAUCUGAAUGAAAAAUGGUUCCAGUGUAAAGUGAUAGAUGAACAAAGCUUUAGACUACUAGAAGACACAUGUGAUGCUUGUGAAAUCGAUAGAAGUACAUCAAAGAUCAAACUGAUGAAAGCACUUGACACCCUAGAUGGUACUUUUAUACAUAAACACAAUGGCAUUUAUAGUACUGUACAUGAUAAAUUGUUUGACUUCCUUGCUCAUUAUUUUGGUCAGAAAAUGAUUGAAUGUUUGAUAGAUCAUGGUGAUUGUAAUUUGGUACAUGAACGUUUUACUUGGCAAACAUCACAAGAUGUCAAGAAAAGUCAAAUAGACUUUAUUAUUGAAAUACCAGAUGAUUAUUUGAAUUCAUAUUUAGAAAGAUUUGUAAACGACUGGUCAGCAGGAAAUGUGACGUUUGUUUUCUUUAACAAUAUUAUGAAAAUACCAUCAUUCCGACAAGAGUUAUUACAGUACUUAAAACAACUGGAUAGAUCAAAACAAGAAACAUUAGCAAAUUCCAAGGAUACAGUGCUGCCGAAAAAGGCAUGUGGAUCAGGUAAUACUCCAUUGGGAAUGUUUUGUUAUUAUGGUUAUACUGAUAUGGUAAGGUGGAAGUUACAGUAUGAUGUGGAUGUUUUGUACACCAGAGUUGAUGGGGAUGAGAGGACUCCUAAUGUUGAUCUAUGUAAUGAUAGUGGCAUAAGUCCUCUUUUAGCAGCAAGUCAGAAUGGACAUACAGAAAUAGUUAAACUACUAUUAAAGAAGAAUGUUAAUGUUGAUCUAUGUCAUCAAAAUGGUAUUAGUCCUCUGUAUGAGGCAUGUUAUGUAGGACAUACCGAUAUAGUUAAGUUACUGUUAGAGCAUAAUCCUAAGGUUGAUCUAUGUGACGAUGUUGGCUGUAGUUCUCUGGUAUUAGCAAGUCAGGCUGGAUAUACUGAAAUAGUAAGGUUGCUGUUAGAGAAGAAUGCGAACAUUGAUCUUUGUACCAAUGAAGGAUAUGGUCCCCUGUUAGUCGCAAGUCUGAAUGGACAUACUGAUACAGUAAAGUUGCUAUUAGAGAAAAAUCCAAAUGUAAAUCAAUGUCAAAAAGAUGGUGUAAGUUCUUUGUAUGAAGCAUGUUCUAAAGGACAUACUGACAUGGUAAGGUACCUUUUGGAGAAUAAUUCUGAUGUUGAUCUAUGUAGCAAGGAUCGUAUAAGUCCUCUGCUAUUAGCAAGUCAGAAUGGACAUACUGAUAUUGUCAGGUUACUGUUGGCAAGGAAUUCUAAAGUUAAUAUAUGUAGCAUUAAUGGUAUUAGCCCUUUGAGUAGGGCAAGUCAUAAUGGACACACUGACAUAGUAAAGUUGCUUUUAGAGAAGAACUCUAAUGUUGAUUCAUGUGGGAAUGAGGGCUUUAGUCCUUUGUUUUUAGCAAGUGAGAAUGGACAUACUGAAAUAGUGAGGUUGCUGUUAGAAAAGAAUCCUAACACCGAUAUAUGUUCCAGUGAAGGUUGUAGUCCUUUGUUAAUGGCAAGUCAACAGGGAUAUACUGAAAUAGUAAGGUUACUUUUAGAGAAGAAUCCAAAUGUCGAUUUAUGUGACAAAGAAAGCAGGAGUCCUCUUUUAUUAGCAAGUCAGAAAGGACAUUUUGAAAUAGCUAGGCUGUUGUUAGAAAAGAGUCCUAAUGUUGAUCUAAGUAACAAGGAUUGUUGUAGCCCUCUGUACAUGGCAAGUCAUAAAGGGCAUACUGAUAUAGUAAGGUUGCUGUUAGAAAAGAAUCCCAACGUUGAUCUGUGUGACAAAGAUAGUAGGAGUCCUCUGUACAUGGCAAGUCAAAACGGACACACUGAUAUAGUACGGUUGCUGUUGGAGAAGAUUUCUUCCGUAGAUUUAUGUGACAAGGAUGGCUGUAGUCCUCUGUUUAUAGCAAGUCAGAAAGGACACACUGAUACAGUAAAGUUGCUCCUAGAGAAGAGUCCUAACGUUGAUCUAUGUGACAAGGAUGGCUGUAGUCCUUUGUGCAUGGCAAGUCAGAAAGGACACACGGAUACAGUAAGGUUGCUGCUAGUGAAGAGUCCUAACAUUGAUCUGUGUGACUAUGGGGACCGUAGUCCUCUGUUAUUAGCAAGUCAGAAUGGACAUACUAAUAUAGUGAUGUUACUGUUAGAGAAGAAUCCUAAUGUUCAUCUAUGUAACAAUGAUGGCUGUAGUCCUCUGUUAUUAGCAAGUCAAAAUGGACAUUUGGAAAUCGUAAAAUUGCUGAUAGAGAAGAAUCAUAACGUUGAUCUAUGUAACAAUAAUGGUUGUAGUCCUUUAUUAGUAGCAAGUCAGGUUGAGCAUACUGAUGUAGUUAAGUUGCUGUUGGAGAAAAAUGCUAAAGUUGAUCUAUGUGACAAAAAUAGCUGUAGUCCUCUGUUAUUAGCAUGUCAGAAUGGGCAUAGAGAUAUUGUUAAUUUGCUGUUAGAGAAGAAUCCUAAUGUUGAUCUAUGCAACAAUGAUGGCUGUAGUCCUUUAUUAUUAGCAAGUCAGAAUGGGCAUACUGAUGUAGUAGAAUUGCUGUUGGAGAAGAAUCCUAAAGUUGAUCUAUGUUGUUAUAAAGGCUUUACACCACUAAUCACAGCAUGUGCCAAUAACAACACCAGCAUAAUAAAGCUAUUAAUGCAACAUAAACCAGACACCAAUGCCCAGACAUAUGAUGGCGGUAGUGCUUUAGUUUUCAGCGCAUGGAAUGAAAACAUAGAAAUCAUACAGUUGUUAUUAAAAAACAAUGCUGACUGUAAUAUAUGUGCCCAUAGCAAAACGUUUAUAACUGAUACAACUAAAGACUGCCCAACACUAGAAGAAGUAAAACAGAAUUGUUUUAACAUUCUAACAAAAAAUGCACCAUCAUUUGUCACAGAUUAUGUCAGAAAGAAGUCAGUAGAUUACGCCUUCGAUGUGGUGGCUGGCUGUUCUCCAUUACACUAUGCUUGUUUUAGGGGAAACAUAGAUGUAGUCCGUUGUCUUCUGGACCACAAGGCAAACAUUAACAUCAAAAAAGAAAAUGGAACAACCCCGUUAUUUUAUGCAUGUGAAGUAGGACAUGAGGAUCUAGUGGAUUUCCUGUUAGAUAAAGAAGCAAAUACACAGAUGUAUAGACGUGAUGGGAAAUCCCCCUUAAGCAUUGCAAAGGAUAAUGGGCAUCAGCAUAUAGUGUUGAUUGUAACUGAAUGUAUGAAGAAGGAAAAUAAAACUUCUUCCUAACUCUUUGUUCUUUCAUCUAAAGUUUGUUUGCUUGUUUAUUAACAUUCAAAGGGAAGUUGAAAAGUUUUUUAUUGGGUAUUUGUUUUAAAUCUUUAUAUUUAUACUACUAUUUAUUCUGUUUCGUUAGUCUUUAGUUUUAAAAUACAUGUGACGAUUUGGUUUUCUUUUUCAUUAUUAUUACAUAGAACAGAGGAAACCAGUUUGUUGAUUCUAAUGAAUAGCACUGUCCCAGACUUCGUCAACAUUGUAAUUUUAUCAUUAACUUUCUCAUUUUCAAUUACCGGUAAAUUAGAUAUGUCGUAGGUCACAUUUGUUUCUACUCAAUGUGACAGGUUUGUUGUUGUCUUAAUCAUUGUUAGUUGGUUUCAAUUCUAAAAGUUAAAUAUUUAACUGAUUGAAAUUCAUACACUGUAACCAAAUUGUAAGUGUGUUACUUGGGUUCAUGUUUCUCUUCUAUAUGUAUUUUUCAUAUAUUUUGAAGACUGUGUGCUAAUAUGGCUAACCCCCAGAAUUCUUGUUCGGUUUUGUGGUGUUAGUUUACUGUUUACUUCAUGUAACUUGUAAUCUGUUGUGGCUCUCGUUUUUUCCAUUAUCGUUUUAUCAUUAUUUUUUUUGCUGUGUUCAUUUCUGUUACUCUAGAUCUAUCCAAGGAAUAAAACCACUAAUUAUUAAUAUCGCUGUUGUGAGCUUUGUUAUAUUCUGCUAUUUCAAUCAUUCACAUACUAGUUAUUUUGCUUUAAGAUUUGAAGUGAUAGUCAUUAUCUUACCUAACUUGUGCUAAAAUUGUUUUAUUCCCUGCAAUCGUUCAUAAGAUCACACUAUAAGAUUCUGAAAUUCGAUAGAUAAUAAUGCAGAUACUACAUGCUUAUCUGAGCAAUAGGGUAGAUAUUCCAUCUUAUCUUAUUUCUAUUUUUCAAGUGCUUCAGUUAUCAUUUGAUUCCAAAAUAUUGUAAGUGUAUAGUUAUAUGUAGGAACUAUUUCAUUUAAUGUAUGCACUUCUUUCUUGUGUGUUCUUUCUGACUUGGCUAGAAAUCUAUACUUCUUCCAUCAUACUCAUAUGAGAAUCUUGACAGAAUUUAUGAUUCAUAUAUAUAUAUAUAUAUAUGCUGUUUCUAAGAAGUAAUACAAAUCCUUUAGUAAAGCCAUCCUGUAGAAAGUAGCAACUACUUAGCACAAUUUGUCUAAAUAAGUUAUCAAGACUUGACAUAAGUGUUCAGUAAUAUCCAACAACCUCAUUUGUACAACACAUAAAUACAGCGCCUGUGUUCUUAAAAGAUGUGAGAAAUGUCAACAAAAAUGUGACUCAAUAAAAUUUCAAAAUUAUCCGACCAAGUGCAUCUAUAAUCAAGAGUAAACUACAAUUUGCUAGUUCUUAACUCAGAGAUAACUAGUCAGGGGUGAACAAAUUUUAUGGAAUGCACAUUAUCUUCUUAUGACUUCCUCAUUAUUGACUAAAUUGAUUUUUCUCCCUCUAAAUUCAAGCCAUAGUGAUGCUAACUUGGCUGUGGCAACUUCAACUUAUUUAUAUUUUUAUUUAAUAACAUUUAAUAACAUAAGGAAGAGCUUUAGAUCUAGAAUUAUGUAGGUAUAAUAUCCUUUAUUUUACAGCUAUUUAAAUGUUAUCUUUAAUGCUUUAUAUAUAUAUGCAUAAAUAUACACUAAAAGUUUUUAAUAAUGGACAUACAUUAUUUAUUUUUGUGUCUACUUUGAUUUGUUCUCCCUGUGUUUUACAUGUUAAAAGUAAUUUUUGUUUUAUAUAUCUUGCAUGUCUUAUGUAUGGGUAAAAUCUUAAAUCACUUUGUAAUUCUUUUUAACAAACAAAUUGAAGAUGCUAUAUAUGUGUUCAAGAAAUCUCGACACAAAAGAUGUGUCUUAUGUAUGGGUAAAAUCUUAAACCAUUUUGUAAUUCAUGUUUACAAAAAAAUUGAAGGUGCUAUAUAUGUGUUCAAGAAAUCUCACCACAAAAGAUGUGUUUCGGUUUUAUACCUAAAAAAUGUGUGUUAAUUGUUUUAUAUAUACAAAAGUACAAAAAUGUGUGUUUGUUUUAUAUAUACAAAAAUACCAAAAUACGUUUUAGUUAUAAACGUACCAAAAUGUUCAUGACUAAUUGUUUUUUUUCUAAUAAGAUUUUUUUGUGAAAUGAGCCAUUUCUUUUCUUUGCUGCUUUAUCAUUUGUUAAUCUAGUUAAUGCAUCUAAAGGGAAUCUAUUUUCAAAAGAACAGCUGUUAUUGUUUAGUUCGUAUAGUUUAUAUUGUAAUAUUCAUAUAUAGUUUAUAUUGUAAUAUUCAUAUAUAUUUUAUAUUGUAAUAUUCAUAUAUAUUUUAUAGUGUAAUAUUCAUAUAUAUAUUAUAUUGUAAUAUUCUUAUAUAGUUUAUAUUGUAAUAUUCAUAUAUAGUAUCUGUUGGAAAUACAUUUUCAACAUGAUUGCUAUGACUGCUUUUAAGAAAUACACAUGAC